AUGCAGGAUUCUCUUUUGAAUCUUGUCACUCUUCCCACAGGUCCCACUUGCUCCAAGUAACCAAAGAAUCUACUUCUCCAUCAAAACCUGAGCUCUCAGCCUUGCAUUAAGAUGGAAGAAGCCAAAGUACCCUCCCUUUCCAACUACGGACUGCAAUGGUGUUUCAAGCAGCUAAGCAAAGAAGAGUUUCAGACAUUUAAAGAAUUACUAAAUGAAAAAGCUUCAGAACUGGAAGCAUGCUCCUUUCCGUGGGUUGAAGUGAAUAACGCCAAUAUAGAACAUCUAGCCUCCCUCUUGCAUGAGCAUUAUAGAGGAUCUCUUGCCUGGAAGAUAUCCAUUAACAUCUUUGAAAAGAUGAACCUGUCAGCACUCUCUGAGAAGGCAAGGGAUGAGAUGAAAAAAUAUUCACUGGCUGAAAUACCAAAAGCUUCAACACCAAAGACUGACCAAGAACCAAGCAUGGAAGAAGUACCAGAAAUUUCACAAGUUUUGGAACAAGAUGGUGCCACAGCAACAGAGACAAAAGAACAAGGCGAUGGAGAUGACAAAUGGUACUACAAGAGUUACGUGAUGACAAAAUUUGCCAUGAAGUUAGAUGCAUGCUAUGGUUUCAAAAACUUUGCCUCUGAGCACCCAGAAAUGCAAACAUUGCUUGGUGCUUUUAAACCAGACCAAGAUGGUUUCCAGCCUCGCACUGUGGUUCUGCACGGAGAACCAGGAAUCGGGAAGUCCACUCUGGCCAGAAGGAUCCUGCUGUCCUGGGCACAAGGUGAAGUCUACCAGGACUUGUUCUCCUAUGCCUUCUUCCUCUGUGCUAGAGAAAUACAACAGAUAAGAGAGAGCACUCUCGCAGAGUUAAUUUCCAGGGAGUGGCCAGACUCCCCAGUUCCAGUGAUGGAGAUCAUGUCCCAACCAGAAAGGCUCUUGUUUGUUGUUGAUGGUUUUGAUGACCUGGACUUCGUCUUCAAAGAUGGUGACAUAAAUCUCUGUGAAGACUGGGCAGAAAAACAACCCAUGUCCAUCCUAAUGUAUAGUCUGCUGAAGAAAGUCCUGCUCCCCGAGUCCUCCCUGAUAAUCACUGUCAGAGACGCGGGCAUAGAAAAGCUCAAAUCCAUUGUCAUGUCUCCACGUUACCUGUUACUUGAGGGGAUCUCGGUUGAAAAAAGGAUUCAGUUGCUCCUCCAGCACAUUAAGAAUGAUCAUCAAAAGAUGCAAGUCUUGCAAUCAGUGGUGGACAACCAUCUGCUGUUUGACAAGUGCCAGGUCUCUGUUGUGUGCUCGCUCAUCUGUGAGGCUCUUAAGCUGCAAGAAAUGUCAGGAAAGGGCCCUCCUCCUACUUGUCAAACUCUCACGGGCUUGUAUGCCACCUUUGUGUUCCAUCAGCUCACUCCACAAGAUGCAUUCCCGCGCGCUCUCAGUCAGGAAGAAAGAGUUGUCUUGAAGGGCGUGUGCCGGCUGGCUGUGGAGGGAAUGUGGAAUAUGAAGUCUGUGUUCUACGGCGAUGACCUGGGCAUUCACGGGCUAAGGAAGUCUGAGCUCUCUGCUCUGUUUCACAUGAACAUCCUUCUCCAAGACAGCCACUGUGAAAGGUGUUACUCCUUCCUUCACCUCAGCCUCCAAGAGUUUUGUGCUGCCUUGUACUACGUUCUAGUAGGAUUAGAAAGAGAGGGAGAUCUCUACCCUCUGUUCACUGAGAAUAUAGGGAGUUUGACGGAGCUCAAACAGUUUGGCAUCAGUGUCCACUUGCUCCAGAUGAAACGAUUCUUAUUUGGCCUCAUGAGCAAAGAGGUGAUAAAGACUCUGGAAGCCCUGCUUGGAUGUCCUGUUCCCGUGGUGGUAAAGCAGAAGCUCCUGCACUGGAUCUCUCUGUUAGGUCAACAGGCCAACAGCACUGCCCCUCUAGACUUCCUGGAUGCCUUCUACUGUCUUUUUGAGACUCAAGAUGAGGAGUUUGUUCGCUUAGCAUUGAACAGCUUCCAAGAAGUGCGGCUUCCAAUGAACCGGCGAAUGGACUUAAUAGUGUCUUCUUUCUGUCUCCCGCAUUGCCGGUAUUUGCGGAAAAUUCGGAUGGAUGUCAGAGAGAUCCUCUCAAGGGAUGAGCUCACCGAGGCAUGGCCCAUGAUUCCCGAAGGGAUGCAGACCAAGACCUUCAUUGAUAAGUCGUGGGAAAAUCUCUGCUUCGUCCUCAGCACCCAUCCAAACCUACGAGAGCUCGACCUGAGUGGCAGCGUCCUGGAUGAGUGGGCCAUAAAGACCCUCUGUGUCAAGCUGAGGCAGCCAACCUGUAAAAUACAGAAUCUGAUAUUUAAAGGUGCCCAGAUUACCCUUGGUCUCCGUCAUCUCUGGAUGACUCUUCUUGUCAACCGCAAUAUUAAAUACCUGAACUUGGAGAGGACUCGCCUGAAGAAUGAAGAUGUAGGGAUGGCAUGUGAAGCACUAAGACACCCAAACUGUUUGCUGGAGUCUUUGAGGUUGGAUCACUGUGGGUUAACCCACGCCUGCUGUGUGGUGAUCUCCCAAAUCCUCAUGACGUCCAUCAACCUCAAGUCCCUCAGCCUGGCAGGAAAUAAGGUGACGGACCAGGGCAUGAAGCCUCUCUGUGAUGCCUUGAAGGUCUCCCAGUGCACCCUGCAGAGGCUGAUACUGGGCAACUGCGGCCUCACGGCUGCUGACUGCCAGGAUCUGGCCUCCAGCCUCAUCAGCAACCUGAGCUUGACACACUUGGACCUGUCCAGCAACAGCCUGGGGAGUGAAGGCAUGAAUCUGUUGUAUCGAACCAUCAAACUUCCCAACUGUGGGCUGCAGAGGCUGAUACUAAAUGAAUGCAACUUGGACAUCGCUAGCUGUGGCUUUCUUGGCUUUGCACUUGUGGGCAACAGACGUCUGACGCAUCUGAGCCUUAGCAUGAACCCCUUGGAAGAUGCUGGAGUGAACCUUCUGUGUGAGGUCGUGAUGGAACCAUCUUGUCACCUCCAGGACCUAGAAUUGGUGAAGUGUAAUCUCACUGCUGCUUGCUGCAAGAACUUGUCCCGUAUGAUCUCAACAAGCAAACGCCUGAGGAGCCUGGAUCUUGCUGCCAACGCCCUGCGUGAUGAGGGGAUUGUGGCUCUGUGUCAGGGACUGAAGCAACGGAAGAGUUCUCUGAGGAGACUCGGGUUGGAGGCAUGUGAAUUGACUUCUGGUUGUUGUGAGGUGCUCUCCUCGGCCCUCUCCUGCAACCAGCACCUGACCAGCCUAAACCUGAUACGGAACAAUUUCAGUCCUGGAGGAAUGAUGAAGCUGUGUUCAGCCUUUGCACAUCCCACAUCUAAUCUACAAAUAAUUGGGCUGUGGAAAUUGCAAUUUCCUGCUCAUGUACGAAAGAUGCUGGAGGAGGUGCAGCUACUCAAGCCGCAUAUAAUCAUUGAUGAUGGUUGGUAUUCUUUCGAUGGAGAUGAUCGGUAUUGGUGGAAAAACUGA